UCGCAAGCACAGGCAGACACUCUCGCGUACGUUCGCCGUUCGCGCCCGACACAUGUUUGACAGCAAGCAGUGUAUUUUGCCCGUUUAGAGCAUUUAGCUGCGCUUAGCAGCGUUUCACGCGAUCAGUUAUUGGUUUAGUGAAAACGAAGUUAGCCUACGCCGUAAAGUUAGAAAAAGUGUAUCAUAUAGGCCUUGUUAUGACCCUAUAGUUGCCGCCGAAGUGCGCGUUCAGAGAGGCAAACAUGUCGAGCAGCGCGGCGACGAGUUUCAUCGAUCAGCUCAAACUUCUGUACGACAACAAGUUGUACUCCAAUGUCACAGCUCUGUUUAACUUGGCACAUCCCAUCAGCUCUCACUGCCCCGACUUCAUGACGGUGUCGGCAAAGUUUCAAAGCUACGUGUACUGCGGGGAUGCCUACGUGCAGCUGGGGGAUUUCAAGAGAGCUGAAGCACUCUACCAGAAGGCUAUUCAAUUAAAGAAGUCUGCGGCUAAGGCGAAGGGCAAAGGGCCCACGUCAAUCAUAUCGGGAGACGUUACAUCUGAAAACGACAUCAAGUAUCAGAUUCACGUCUGCCAUGUGAAUAUGAAGCAGCCUACACAAGCUAUUUCUGCGCUGGAGAGCAUUCCGGGCAAGCAACGCAGCAGCAGGGUCAACAUGGCCCUGGGGCAGCUGUACCAGCAGAGCGGCAAUGAGCGCUCGGCCAUCACAUGCUACCGUGAGGUCCUCAAGGAGUGCCCACUCGCCUUGGAAGCCGCCAAAGGUCUUCUGGAGCUGGGCGUCAAGGCAGUGGAAGUGGCUGCACUGGUGCUACACCCGGGCGGCUCCAGUGGCUCCUCCUUGCCGCCCCACAUGGAAUGGCUUGGACAGUGGAUCAAGGCCAAUGCGUACCUUCACUCCCGGGAGUACUCUUCUAGUGUCACCAACUUCAAGCAGCUUGAAGCCAGGCCUCAGCUUGCAAACAAUGUGGAGAUCCUUACAUCACUGGGGGAGGCAUACUACCACAUGGGAGACUACACCAGCGCCACAACUACCUUGGAGAGGGUGCACGCUCUGGAUCCACAUCUGCUUCGAGGCAUGGACGUAUAUGCAGCCCUGCUGGCCAAGGAGAAGAAAGUCAAGGAACUUGAGUCGCUCUCCUCACAGCUCAUGUCGGUGAACAGCAGGAGCCCCGAGCCAUGGAUAGUGAUGGCCUACCUGUGCUAUGUCACCAAGAAGGGCAACCGGGCCAUCUACUUCUCCCAGAAGGCAUGCACGCUGAACCCACGCCACGUGGAGGCUCUCCUGCUUAAGGGCACAGUGCUGCUGGAGCUGCACAAGGUCCACGAGGCCAUCGCCCACUUUGGCGAGGUGUUCAAGGUUGCACCGUACCGGCACGAGGCCUAUAAAGGCAUGGUGGACUGUUACCUGGCCCAGCUGCGGAAUAACGAUGCAGCGGCCAUCGCCAGCAAUGCCUGCAAGCACCUGGGCCACACCCCGAGGGCUCUCACGCUGUAUGCAAGUGUGCUGAUGAAGAGCCCCGUGAGCCUGGAGAAGGCCAAGGUGUGCCUGGAGAAAGCGCUCAAGCAGGAGCCCACCCACCUGCCAGCCGUGUACCUGCUUGCCGAAAUAUACGACCAGCAGCGCGCCUACGACCGAGGAAUCCAGCUUCUGCAGAAGCACCUGGAGAACCAGAGCACGUGCCGGCUGCACCAGAUGCUGGGGGACUUCUAUGCCCGGACAGGCGAGCACGACAAGGCCCUGCAACACUUUGGCAUCGCCCUCAAACUUACCAAGCCUUCAGUUGUGCCUGGACCCAAGCAACGCAAGUGCAAGAAGGGGUACACGCAGGGUGGAACAGCGGCCCGAGAAUGUGGAGCCCGGCUACGACAUGGACGUUGACGAGAUAGCGGAGUCGGACGUGGAGAAUGAACUUGAAGAAAGUGAAGUGGAAGCUGUCUGGUCAGACGUCGAGUACUCCUACAAUUGAAGGACUCUCGUGGCAUGGACAGCUUGGUGCGGUUAUGUGAUUGGUGUCGUGUACAUCUACGUGAACAUGCACACACUGCGUGCACCGCUGUCUGCGCAAUUUGUGGGUGGAUGGUGAAACGAAUGCUGCCUGGCUGUCAGUCGAGCACUACUUCACCAGUAGUGCUUAGCAGUGAAUUGGAGAUUAUAUAAGGAACGACCGGGGUUCAGCAACCUUGUAGGAGUUUCAUUUUAUGACUAUCUUUGACUUCACAAGAGAGAUAUAAAGAUCUACUGGAGGA